CUAAACUGUAAACUGCGAAAAGGCAGAGAGGAGUUACUACUGUCACAGCACUGAGACCAUUUUGCGCCUCUUUUUCGAACAUGGGCGACCUCUCUACGCCAGUGAGCCAAAGAUUUGGAAGUCGCUUAUGCGAGGAGGCCGAAAUGUCACCCUACAAUGAGUCUCCUUUCAUGAUUCCUCCAUCUCCUUUCAUGACACGACUCGGUCAUGGCACGGGUGUUUCGGUUUAUCGAUUCAAACGCGAACCGAGCAACAACAGCAUUAGAUCGCCUUGGGCCGUGAAAAAAGUAAAUAAGAAGGCAAGAUCAGGGAUAAGCGAACGACUCGCUCUAGAAGCAAGCAUUUUGAGACAACUGAAGCAUCCAAAUAUUGUCGGUUUUCGUGCCAUCUCGGGGAGUGUGGAUGGCGAUCUCUGCCUUGCAAUGGAAGACUGCGAGAGAGCUCUUGAAGACAUUAUCGAAGAAAAAGCGUAUCUGGAAGAAGAUUUCACUUACGAUGAAAUGCUGAAAGUUUCUUGGUCUGUUGCCAAUGCCUUGAGUUAUAUACACAACGAAAAAAAGAUCCUCCAUGGCGAUAUCAAAAGUGGUAAUGUUCUUAUAAGAGGUGAUUUUGAGGCUGUCAAACUGUGCGAUUUUGGAGUGGCACUGUGGUUGAAUGAUGAUCUGAGCGGACUGAAAAAUCCUGGAGGUAGAUACAUCGGCACAGAGCCGUGGAAAUGUAAGGAAGCUUUGAAGGGGGGAAUUAUCACAGAUAAGGCAGACAUCUUUGCUUAUGGUUUAUUAAUCUGGGAGAUGCUUGCUUUGAAUGUACCUCAUGUGGACUUGCUUGCAGGUUAGUGAGACAAAAUGAAAUGAGUUUUGCUUCAUCCAAACUUUUGGAAGUAAAAUUUGGACCUUUUUUUUCGCUGUAACUUUACAAUCAAUAAACCGAACUUUUUUCAACUCGCCCUUCUUGCCCAUUGGAUUUGUAAUACUACUCUGACCUUGAUGCUCGGUUCAAAGCACCUCCAUUUAGGAGCAUAAGACAAGUUUAAGGGUUAUCCAAACUUACGAUCAUAACUUUCCAUUUUUUCUCUUGGAAAUAUCUCCAUAUAAACCCAUAUUGUUUGAACACAAAACUACAGUCCCAAAUACAAUCUAUAGUUUUUGGCUUGGCGGAAAUCUUGCCCAUUUGUUUCCUAGGUGGAAAACAACUUGGCAGAAUUAAAACUAUUUCAUCGCUUUUAACGUCCACCAAUAAAAUUAGAAAAGGGAAUUGCACAUUUUUAUCAAAAAAUCUCCUAGGUAGCUGAUUUUAAGUUUAGUUACUCUGAACACCAUUUCUUUACAAUGUUCCGUAUACAUGUGCUGAAAGUUACACCAUCUGUGGGUUAAGUUACACACACCCCCUCUUUAAGAGGAAAACCUCAGUGGAAAUAUUUUUCAUUCAAGAGGAGUUGAUUGCCAUUCCAUUUUAGAACUGCUUAAGUGGUGAAAUUUAAGAUAUUUCAUAUCAAGCCCAGUCAUGGAUUUUUGGAAUGAGGAGACGCUAAAUUUUUUAAAAUAUAGUAAUCUGAUAGUUGACUUUACAGAAAAUGGCAAAUAGAGGCUGUUUAUUUUUGUCUAGUGAAAAGUGGGUGAAAAUAGCUGGCAAGCUGUAAGAUCUAAAAUGAUUUAAGUAAGACACAGUUAUUCCCAAAGUCUCACCAGGUUAACAAAACUAAUAGAAUUCAACACAAAGGUGAACCUGCAAAAUGGAUGUAUGUUGUAAACAAGAGCAAGUAACAAUUUUGUUAUGGACUUUAUGUAAUGUCCGUAACAAAGUGUCUCUUUUUGCUUUUCUCUAAAAAUAAAAUUCAUUUUUUUGUAAGCUUGGCUCCUUUUUUGUUUUUAGGGGCCCAAACUUAAGUGCAGUAAAUUAUCAAAAUCCUGGAAAAACACUGAAAAAAAUGAAGCCCACUUUAUGUUGCAGACAUUAUAUUAUGGACGUUACUUUACAGACAUUAUGGCUGCAUGACUUUUAUCAUAGUAAUUCUUUUGGGUGAAAUAAAUGCUAUAUGCAAACCAGUUUUGUUCAAACUUAUCACAUCCAAGUUAAUGGUGCUUUUAACUAAACACUAAUAACAAUAACCAUAACAACAACUACAUAUAUAACAUUAGCAACACUAUGGUGACAUGAGGAGUAUAUGUGUGAAUUAAGUUUACUGAAAGACAUGUUUAGAGUCAGCACCUUCUUUUAAAAUAUCCAUAAGAAUGAAUUUGAAAAAAAAAAUGCAGUGUUUCAGAAAUUUAGCUUAAAAGAUUGCACUUGUAAUGACUGUCUUCAUACUACAGCAAAAAUUUUUAAUUCAAACAGUUCAGUGCAGUGUAACUUUCUGAAAUAGUGUCAACUGGCUUAUUAAGAGUCAAUGGAUAGUACUCUGACAAGAAGUUCAGAACAAUACAAUUUCUGUAAUCAAUGCAAUGUUUAACUACUGCAAUCCGUGGUUAGUUGGUUUAGUAAUUUGAAAAAAUUUUUAUUGUGUACUAUCUGUAACAAAAAUUGUCUAACAUCCGCAACAACAAGUUUUUACCUCAAACUUUAAAUCUAAUUACAGAAUAAGGGAUACAACUAAAUUUUAAAAAAGUCAUGGAGCAGCUAUGUUCUUAUUAUUAUUAAAUAAUUUUUGUCUGAAUAGUCAAUUCACAGGAAAAAAAGUGUCAAAUGAACACAUAAAAUUGUAGGUUGACUUUUUUGUAAUGUCCGUAACAGUUUAAAAUGAAAACAUUGGGAGCCUUUGGUAAAGAAAGGAAAGUUUCUUUUCUGCUGAUAAUCUAGUACCCUGUGAGGAUUUUUUGUACAAAUUAUAAAUUAAAAACUGUGCAACAUAAAUUUUGUUAAGGAAAUUUGUUUCCAAAAAAUUGGUCUCUGAAUGUAAUACCUGUAACAUGGAAUUACCCUUUACAAUGUUCUGUAUAUAUGUAUGUGUACUGAAAGUUACAUGUACAUCAAAUCAUCUCUGGUUUUAACACCUCAUCCCCUCCCCUCUUUAAGAGGAAAACCUCAGUGGAAAUACUGUUAAUUCCAGAGAAGUUGACUGUUUUUUGUUUUUUUUUUUCGUGGUGGCCAUAAUUAAAAACACACUAUCACUAAAUGAUCAGAAAAUCAUGAAAGCAAAAGAAAUGAUGAACUGGUUAGAUGAAAGAUGUUAUGAAAUUGAUGGUUGGUAAAUUAACUGUUACCUUUUUUUCUAAGGGUGUAAAAUCUACAUGAAUACUGGUACCUAGGACUAAUGGUUUAUUGGCAUGGUUACUUAAUGUUGACAUUUUGGGGACAUUAAACUCUUAACUUAAACUACUCUGUGUAAGUGAUAUGACUUGACUCAUAACUGUAGGGCUAGAAAUCCAAUGAUAGCUCUGAAAAAUGUCAGAAGAGGACUAGAUUUUGUUCACAAAAUUUUGGUUUUGAAUAAGUUUAUUCCUCCGAUGUUACAAAGUUCCAUAAUGUACAUGUUUAUUGUCAUUUGUUUGUUUAUUUAUUUGUUUUUGGUUUUGUUUUGUUUAUGUCAGACAGCGAUGAAGAAACUGAUACAGGGUUGACCAGUGAUGAUGAGGAGGAUGAUGGUGCGUGUGACACAGAGGAAUACCUGGCAGCUUUAGGGACACGUCCCCCAUUACCUGCCAAGUUUGAAAAUGCAAAUUCAAUGCUUCCAGUCAUUGAAUUAUUUCACUGCUGCACCUUUGAAGACCCUAAAGAGAGACCAAGUGCUAAAGACAUUGUGGCAGCUCUAAAACCUGAGAUCUUGGCUAAUGAUAUCACAAUUUCAGCGUAAAGGGUAAAAAAAAGGAAAACAUGUUUUGCCUGUAACAAAUAUAGACUUUUAAAGGACUAGUAAUCAUUUUUUUAAUGCACAAAAUUUUUGUGGAAUGACUUAACACUGUAGAUACUAUAGUGCAUUAUUACAUGAUGACUAGAGGAGAAUGAAACUCAUCUGGAAGCAUUUAUUUGAUGUUAGAUUUCAUAGUCGGAAGCUUUUCAUUUAAAAUAUAGUAAAUAUAGUAAAUUGUAAUAGACACAAGUUAUUUAUAUUGAGUAUGGUCUGUUGGCCUAUAUUGAAUGCACAAUAAGUACCUUUCCUGUGCCAGCAGACAAAACUAGAAUUGUCUUAACAAAAUCAAAGGACAAAUUUUGCCAUGACAAAUGUUUGUUGCAGUAGUUAGAAAAAGCAGGUUCUAAUGUUUUUUUUUCAGUCAACCUUGAUUUUAAAGGCAAAUCAUGAAUUUAACCUUGAAAUCAAGGUUGACUUGAAAUCUUCAAAAUAUAAUAAAAUAUAGUAAAUUGUAAUAGACACAAGUUAUUUAUAUUGAGUAUGGUCUGUUGGCCUAUAUCGAAUGCACAACAAGAGCAGAAUUGUCUAAACAAACAACUGUUUUGCUAGUACAGAAAGGCUCUAAAUUAAACACAAGUGCCAAAUGUAGAGAGUAAAUAGGACUAUAGUGUUAAUAAUUAAAUAACUAGAUGGUCAUUUAUGGCAUCUCAAACUCAAAAAAAAGAUGACGAAGUUAUUGGAAAGUGUUUAGACUGCUUUGUAAGCUAUCACAUGAAGAAACAGGUGAAAAAAAUACUUCUAUGGUGCAUUGAGUAGUUUUUUCAGAACCCUUUAACCUCCAAGAUCUGAUUGUUAAUU